AAUUUCACUAGUGUGCAAAAUUAUUGGGGAAAACUGACCCUUUCACGUUCUCCAUUUUCUUUGAAAUCAGAGGUGGAGCAAAUACCCUCCAAAAUCCUCCAAAAUCCAACAAUGGCGAUGAGCAAAGGUAAAUACCUACCCGAAGAACUCAUUAGUGAAAUAUUCUACCGCCUCCCUGUAAAAUCCAUUGGGCGGUGUAGGUGUCUAUCAAAGCACUGGCGCAAUUUUCUCUCACACCCACAAUUCAUCAAACUUCACUUCAACCUCCACGCCCAUACACAAGAAGAGAAACUCAUUAUCGUCACUUGGCGUAGCGAACUUCAUACUAUCACGCUUAUCCACGACAUCCUCGAAGAUGAAUCCAUCGAUAGCAUUUCAACAAAGGUUAAUUUUCAGCAGCUCACACAAAACUGGAUUUCUGUAGCUGGGUCUUGUAAUGGGUUGGUCUUAGUGAUUGAUAGGGAUAAUGUUCAAUUUUUGAUCAACCCAACUACCUUAGAAUACCAUAAAUUUCCUUUUUUUGAUUGGGCUCUUCCUCCGAAAACUAGCUGUUACAUGUAUGGUUUAGGGUAUGAUAUUGUUAGUGAUGAUUAUAAGGUGGUUUCUCUUUCCUAUCGUGAUACGAAUAAUGAAUUUAUGUCUAAUACUUAUGUGGAUUUGUACUCUGUGAGAAAGGGUCAUUGGGAGACACUUGGGGUUUCUCCUUAUGAUCAUUCACUUACUGACCGUGCUUCUGGGGUUUUGGUUAAUGGGGCUUUGCAUUGGUUGGCUUGUAGAACUGUUGAAUAUUCAACUGCAAUUGCUGCUUUUGAUUUAAGUGUUGAUAAAUUCUUGGAGGUACCAGGACCUAUUGAUCUUCAGGAUAAUUGCUUUAUGUGUAAUCUUGCAACUCUUAAAGGGUGUCUUUGUAUAUCUACCAGUUUACCCCGAGACAUAAACACAGUUACAAUUUGGAUCAUGAAAGAGUAUGGGGUUAAGGAGUCUUGGACCAAAUUUGAGAUUAUAGAACCGAGUUUGGAUGAUUCUCUUAGUACACUAUUGUGUUCCAUCACUGAUGAGGAUGAUGUUUUAUUGGAAGUCGAAGAAGAAUGGGUUGUCUACAAUCUGAAAGAGAAUCGGCGUAAGGAUCUGUUGAUUGAUGUAAAUCCUGUUACGUAUGAAGCUCGAACUUUUGUGGAUAGCCUUGUCUCUCCUUACUUUGGCAACGAAACUGAGGGUUCAUGUAUUGUGUGAUGCACAAGAUGAUGUUGUAUACAGGUUGAGAAGGGUAGAGGUCAGAUCGCGACUGGAAUUGAGUGUCAUAUGAGAGAUUAUGGCAUUUGAACAGAAGAGGCAAUGGAAAUAUUUCAAGAAAUGGAUGAGAUAGCGUGGAAGGAUGUAAAUGAAGGAAUUUUAUGAUCAACUCCAAUGUCUACAGAUAUUCUCACUUGUAUUCUUAAUCUUGAUCGCAUUAAUGAUGUCACUUACAAACACAACCAAGAUGGAUACACUCAUCCUGAAAAAGUACAAUAUAUAUUACAACUCAUGAGCCGAAAGGAAGUACCUAACUUUGAAAACCUCAGGACUGACCGGAACUGUAACUAAAAGCAUCAAAAACAGAGGUGAAACUGGCACUUGCUUAGUACUAUAUUAGGUUCUUUUCACUCGUCUUUGGAAGGAAGGCCCCUCAUAAAUGCCCUAGCAACUGGCAUUAGUCCUAUAAUAUCAAUCUGUAGUUGAUCUGUGG